GUCUCCAGCUCCAGCUAAACUCCAAGAGAGCGAGAGGAGAGAGAGGGAAGAGAGGAGAGAGAGAUUCAAUUAUACGCAGAAAGGUGAGAAGCUGCUAUUGGUGGUUCUCUCUCUUUGUGAUUGAUCUGGCGAUUCGUCUGGUUUCCGCGGGAAACCUCCUCUUCCGUUGACCUUCCUCCCUAUCGGUGACCGUCGCGGUCGAGUUUUGUUGAUCGGAGGAAAUGGCGAUCCUGUAUGCACUGGUGGCGCGUGGGACGGUGGUGCUGGCGGAGUUCACGGCGACGUCGACGAAUGCGAGCACGAUCGCAAAGCAGAUCCUGGAGAAGGUCCCAGGGAACAACGACAGCAACGUCUCCUACUCUCAGGAUCGCUACGUCUUCCACGUUAAGCGCACCGAUGGUCUCACCGUUCUCUGUAUGGCCGAGGAAACUGCCGGCAGGAGAAUUCCGUUUGCGUUUCUGGAGGAUAUACACCAGAGGUUCGUAAGGACAUAUGGCCGGGCAGUUCAUACAGCACAAGCUUAUGCCAUGAACGAGGAAUUCUCAAGAGUUCUCAGCCAGCAGAUUGAGUAUUACUCUAAUGAUCCUAAUGCCGACAGGAUUAAUCGGAUUAAGGGUGAAAUGAGUCAGGUGCGGGACGUGAUGAUAGAGAACAUUGACAAAGUUCUAGAUAGAGGUGAGCGGCUCGAGCUUCUCGUCGACAAAACCGCCAAUAUGCAGGGAAAUACAUUCCGUUUCAGAAAGCAAGCUCGCCGUUUCAGAAGCAACGUCUGGUGGAGAAAUUGCAAGCUCACAAUUCUCUUGAUACUACUACUACUGGUAAUCAUAUACAUCGCAGUGGCCUUUGUCUGCCACGGACCUACUCUACCAUCUUGCAUUUAAGUGAGUGCAUCUGUCUCUUAAGGGAUCUCAGUUCUGUGUUUGCCGCGGUUAUUUUGUCUGCCCUUCUGAUGUCAAAAACCCCUGUGUUUCCUCCAGCUUUUUCAUCUGGCUGCUUAUGUUUUCAACUCACCUAUACUGAAGUUUUUUGUAUUUAUGGAGCAAUGUGAAAGCUCAUUGCUUUGCAAGCUUGUGUGAAUUUGUGGUAUCAUAUUCUAUAACUACCCAUAGUGAGAAUCAUUGUGUAUGUGACUUCCUCUUUAUAUCUACAUCAAUUUCGUAAGUCA